AUGCUCGUCAAGAACCUCCUCCCUGCCUUCGUGGCAAUUGGCUCUGCCGCUGCCCAAAGCGGCACCUGCUCCAUCUCCGGAGGCACAACAACCAUCAACAGCCAGGCCGAUGCUACUGGGCUUGCGAGCUGCAGAACGGUCCGCGGUAGCGUAGUUAUUGGACGCAGCGCCGGCCCCAGCAUUGAUCUCUCUGGCCCUGGUGAGAUCACUGGCGACCUUAAGGUGGCCGACAAUGGCAUCAUCGAGACCCUCCAGAGCAGCGACCUCGCCACCAUUGGCGGCAAGUUCCAGCUGAAGAAUGUCACCAAGCUCACCUCCGUAAGCAUGUCUAAGCUCACUGCUGCCAAGGAGAUCGAGUGGGACACCGUCACCAACAUCGAGUCUGUGACCCUCGGCCCCGUCAACAAGGUCGACGACAUCAGAAUCAGCAUCACCUCCCUCAGGAAUCUCGAUGCUCUCGACCUCGGCAACGUUGCCAACCUCAAGCUUGACAACAACGCCCGUCUGUCCAAGUUCUCCAGCAACCUUCGCACCUUGAGCAAGAACCUUGUUCUUGCUUCCAACGGUAUUGGCGGCAUCGGUCUCGAGGUUGAGCUCCCUAACCUCGUCUGGGCUGUCGAGCUCGACAUCAACAACGUCACCACCUUCUCCGUUCCCUCCCUCAAGACUGUCAACGGCAGCGCUCGCUUCGGCUCCAACUUCUUCCAGUCCUUCUCCGCCCCAAACCUUACUGCCACCAGCUCCGGUGAUAUCUCCUUCAUUGGUAACGCCAAGCUCACCAACGCCACCUUCCCCAAGCUUGAGGCCAUUGCUGGUGGUCUGACCAUUGCCAACAACACCAACCUCGAUGAGCUCACUGGCUUCCCCAAGCUCAAGUCUAUUGGUGGUGCCGUCUUGCUCCGUGGCAACUUCGAGUCUGUUGAGAUGCCCGCUCUCGACACCGUCCGUGGUACUUUCGACGCCUCUUCUUCCGCCGACAUUUCCGAGUCUUGCAAGGCCUUCGACAAGCUCGCUCCUCAGAACCAGGGCGGUAACGGUGUCAUCGCCGGUGGCUACGACUGCACUAGCAACAACACCCAGGCCAACGAGGAUACCGACGGCAGCACUUCUGGCAACGACGGCAGUGGCGGCAAUGAUGACAAGGACAACGGUGCCGUCGGCAUGGCCCUCAACACCGGCCUCUUCGCCAUCAUCGCCCUUGCCGGUUUCGCCGUGGCUCUCUAA